UGGGGGUGUCAGGUUUAGUUGGAUUUCAAUGAACAAGUGAUUAAGGUUAUAUUUAUAGGUAUUAGCUGACAAAAGUGAAAAAAGCUGAGAUGACAUUAACACAAAUUUAUAAACAUCUUAUUAUUGUAGGCUUUAAAUUUUACUUGUAUGAGUACUAUCGCUGAAUCAUCGGAAAAAUAAUGAAAAUGAAACGUGAUCAUCGAGUAACGAUAACACUGAUUACUUAUAGAUGAAGCAAAUAUUUUCUUGUGAUCUGUGAUAGUGACUGAUACUGAUCUUGUUGGUAAUUCAUGUAAAGUUUACAAAGUUUAAGGGUAAUGAUAUAAUUAAGCGUUAGUCAGCCAAUUAAGAAUGAAACAAGAGUUUUUAGUCGUCAUUCUACUUGGGUGUUUUUUGCUUAUGUUGACUAACUGUUUUUGGAUGCUCAAGUAUUCACAAAAAAUUUUUAUAAAAGAAGUUCCACAGAUGCUCCCUUCUAGUUCCAUAAAUGGUAGUUGUGAAUCAAUGAUACGUGAAACUGUUAGGAUUUGCUCCAGUGAAGGUACUCAGACUUUAAAACCAAAGUACAUCCCAAAAGUUAUUCCAGUAGGACUUCCAGUGCAUCACCUACUUACUGCUGUUCAAAAUGCCAAAAUUGUAGGAAGAGAUGAACCACAAAAGAAGUUCUUGACUAUAGGUAUCCCCAGUGUGGCUCGAAAAAAAGGAAAUUAUAUAAGCUCCACAUUAAAUUCUCUCAUAAAUCGAUCUACUGCUGAAGAACAAAGACAAAUAACAGUUGUAGUGCUAUUGGCUGAUUCUGAUUCGAGUGUCCGAAUGUAUCGAGCCAAAUGGUUAUCAAGUCAGUACAAAAAGUACAUAGAUUCAGGGUUUUUACAUAUUAUUGAAACUGUGCCAGAUAUUUAUCCAUCUUUUGAAAACUUACGCCAUACCUUUAAUGAUCCUGACUCACGUGUCAGAUGGCGUGCUAAGCAAGUUGUUGAUUUUGCAUUUUCAUUGAGUUAUGGAAUGACCCUGUCUGAAUAUUACCUAAUUUUAGAGGAUGAUGUAGAGUGUGCUCCUCAUUAUGUAAAGGCCAUUCAAGAAUUCAUAAAGAUACAAAAGAAAGAUUGGGUUUCUUUGUCAUUUACAGGCUUUCUUAUUAUUGGAAGACUCUUAAAAUCUUCAGAUUUAGAGAGGCUUGUAAGUUUUUUGAUGCUUUUUUAUUCUGAAAAACCAGUGGACUUGUUGAUUUUACAGUACAUUGAUCUUAUGGUGCCAAGUAGAACUGUUAUUACUCGUCGUGUUCCAAGUCUCUUCCAGCAUGUUGGAAUACAUUCUUCUCUUGAUGGGAAAGUUCAGAAACUAAAGGAUAAGAAAUAUUCUGCAUCAAUCCGAAAAUAUCAAGUUGUAAAUCCAGAGGCAGAUUUAGUUACUUCAAUGAAGACGUAUGAAACUUACUAUCCUGAAAUGGCAUAUGGAUUAUCAUAUGGGUAUUUCUGGGCUAUGGCUCCAAAGGCCAAUGAUACUUUAGACAUAAUUUUUCAUGAACCUCAGAAUGUUACCAAAAUAUACAUCAUGUCUGGUUCUAAUGAUCAUGUCAAUGAUAUUCUAGUCAAUGGUGUUCUACAGGUUAGUCCACAUUUUAUUAAUUUAGUUUCAGAUUACAAAGCAGAGUGUGAAAACUUUGUGCCUGUUGCAGGUUUUGAAAAAGGAAUUGUAAAUGUUACUCUAAGUAACUUCCUUACUCAGUGUGUAAGGAUCAAAGUUACCAUGACCCAGAAAAAUUGGCUAGUCAUUUCAGAAAUUGCAAUUUUUAAAUAGAGUACAUAAAUUUUAAACCUGAAUCCUUUUUAAUGACAUAGGUUAUCACUAAAAAUUACUUCUUGAUUCUGAAAUGAAUGCAAGGUUGAAAUUUUAUUUUGCUGUAAUUUGUUCAUCAUGUACUACACUUUUAUAAGUGACAUAAUUUCCUAAAUUGUAUACUUUGUAGAUUUAUCUUAUAUGACACUUGAUUGUAUGCACUUGCUAGUACAGACAAAAAAUUGUAAUAUUUUGUAUGUUGUUUGCACCCUGUGAAAGAUUUAGGCCUAGGAAGGAAGAUUUAGAUUAUAUAUAUAUAUAUAUUCUCAUUCCCUUAAGUGUGAUAUGCCUUAGCAUGAUCUAUUACUAAUUGUAAGUAUGCAUGAUGUGGAAGUAUGUGCAGUUUUAUUUGUGUUGUAGUACUGUAUCAUUGGAAAUAUGCAAUUUUUGCAUACAUUGGUGCUAGUUAGGUGAUAUUGGUGUAUUAGGAAGUAUAACUGAAACAAUCUUUUUACUAUAUGAAGUUGGUUUCUAAGUUUUAUGAAAUGGCAAUAUAUGAUCUUCAGUGUAAGUUUUCUAUUGAAUUGUUUUCAUACUGAAAUAAUACAACAUGUAUCAGCAACAUAUAAAAUGUUUUACAUAUUUAAUGCCGCUAAUUAAGGUUUUUGUAAGUUGAAAACAUUCAGAUCAAGUUAAAAAGUGAAUAUUAGAAUUGAAUGUAAUAUUGGUUUCCAUUGAAUACAAUAAAAAUGUGCAGAAGAGCUAUCAUUACAGUAAUAUUUGAUCUCAAAGUUUUAAAGUUUUCUUUAAGCAAGUGUAUUAUAUCUUAAAAUUAUAGUUUAUAUAACAAUAUGGUGCUGCUAUUUUAAAGUACCAUAUGCUUUUUUUUCCUGACUUGAUUUGUAGACAUGAUGCAAAAAAUUUAUUUAUAUAUUUAAUAGUUAUUAGUUAUUCAGUUCCAUUUUAACUGAUCUAAAAUACA